CUAAAUAUGAAAAAAUAUAUCGUAAAACUAUGUCAACUGCAAGCAGCUAGAUUUUGAAAUGACGUAGAAUUACGUCGCGAAUGUGUUAACUUUCUUGCGCACACAAGAAAGUCGGCGGCCGAAGUGCCGGUCGGUUGCUCGCUUGUGACUUGUGUGCGUAUCCCCCUUCCAUCAGCCUGGAUAACCUAAGCAGUAUCAGUUAAUAUUGUUCGUGUUCUCGCUAUUGUGUUUGAUAUUGGUUAAUAUUUCUAAUUUUGUCUCGAUAUUCGGAUAAAGUAAUUCUUGGACAUCUUGUAAUAACAUAACUUGUAAUAACUUUAAUAGAUAGUGUAAAUCUCGCACUUUUACAACUUUCGAAAAUGACGACGCUCAGGGCCUUUACAUGCACCGAUUUACUCAGAUUCAAUAAUGUUUUCCUUUUUUUGUUUUUAGGAAUUUAGACCCGCUCACAGAAACAUAUGGACUAUCGUUUUAUAUGCAUUACCUUGCACAUUGGCCAGAAUAUAUCCAAGUAGCAGAAUCUCCAAGUGGUGAAAUAAUGGGUUACAUUAUGGGAAAAGCAGAGGGUCAUGGUGAUAAUUGGCAUGGUCACGUAACAGCCCUUACAGUUUCCCCAGAUUACAGAAGACUUGGACUCGCUGCAAUGUUGAUGAAAUUCCUGGAGGAAGUGUCAGAAAAGAAACAGGCAUAUUUCGUGGAUCUUUUUGUCCGAGUAAGCAAUAAAGUGGCUAUUACAAUGUACGAGCAAUUAGGAUACAUUGUGUACAGGACAGUAUUGGAAUAUUACAAUGGGGAUCCAGACGAGGAUGCGUAUGACAUGAGAAAGGCUCUAUCGCGAGACGUGAAAAAAAAAUCUAUGAUACCACUGACGCAUCCUGUGAGACCGGAUGAGGUAGACUGAAGCCCUGAUCGUUUUCAUGCACGUAUGAUGGUGAAAGAGUAUUGCAGUAUGUGAAAUAAUUAUCUUUUUUUUUUUCGAUUAACAAGUGCUGAAUAUAUUCUUCAUCUAUAAAGAAAAUUCGUGAUAUAUUUGUCUACAAAUUAAUGUAUCUACAAAUUAUAAAUCCGCUACUAACUGCAAGUUAACUGAGAAAUACACAUCGCUGAAACUC